AGACGCUUUAACUAUGGAACUUCAUUAGCCAUGUCAAAACCGGUAUUAGGCAAUAAAGCUAGUAGUUCAAAAAUCAACAAUGGCGACCCUCCUGAGCUUAGAAUUAACUGUUUAUCCAUGCGUGAUGUCAAGGCAAAAACAAAGGACCCAAAAGAUGCAAAUUUGCCUGUUGAUGUGUUAUUAUUGACAGUCAAGAACUGUGAGUUCUUAGCUUGUUACAAUGAGCUACAGGAUCCAUACAAGUGCUGGUUCGAUGGUCUUGGUUAUGUUUACUUUUCGCAUGUAGAUCAGAGUCAAGAGGAGAAAGUGAAAGUCGCAUUACUGCGUUGCUAUAAAAAUGGCAUUGGUCCCGGUGGGUCUCUGAUAUCUGUGAAGAAUGCGGCUUCCAAACUAAGACCCAAGGCGGUUAUUUCUGUUGGAGCAUGCACUGGCCUUAACCCUAACAAAACCAAGUUAGGAGAUGUUAUUGUUUCAGCAAAAUUAACAACAUAUCAAGGGCAGUCAACUGGGUUGAGAAGUUGUGUGAGCAGACGUUUUCUUGAUAUCAUCAAAUAUUCCAGUUGUGGAUGGGAGGCACCUCUGAAGGACCCAGCAGCACAAGAGAUCCAAGUACAUUGUGAUGGUGAGUUUUUAAGUGGCCCAGAGGAGGUCAGUGCUGAAUGGAGACGUCAACAACUUGCUGAACUGCAUCCUGAUGCAGUGGCUGUUGAAACGGAAGGAGAAGGUGAGUUGAUGUUGUUUCCCUUGGUGAUUUUUCUCCAUUCCUCCUCUCUUUUUAUAUUUCUUACUGUUAUUUAUUUUCAGUAGUAUCAAAGCCUUUAAUUUUGAAAUUACACUUUUGAAUGUUUUUUGGAGUAAAAGGGUACGGAUUUUCCAGGUUUUGGGGCUAUUGUUCACUUUUCACACUUUGCAACAAAGGCUUCAUAUUCUCGGUGCAGCAAGAUUAUUCUGCUUUCUGUUCAAUCAAAACAAUCAAUCAAAUGGUAUCUAGGCAAAGGUAAAAACCCCCUUGCUAAACAACAUAACAGAAGACACGAUGAUUUGUGGUCACAACAGGACUUGAUGACAUCAGGGAAAUUAUUUUUCAACCACUUAUUUGUAAUUUAAUAUUUGUUUUUUCUUUCUUUCUUAAACAUGAGUGUUGUCACUUGUGAUUAUCAAAUAAUUAAAAUUUCUUUGAACAAGUAAUGAUUUGUCUGGUCAGUACCCAGUCUGACUGGACAUUGUCCAUUGACCAGCCGUUAUUUGAAGCCCUGACUUUAAAAGCUUGAGCAUUUACAACAUUGGCCUUAACCAAAUAUAUUGAAAAAAGGAUACCACACCUGUAUUAUAUAAAGAUGAAAAUUUGUUCUGAUCUAUGUUUCAUUGUCAUGGGAGUUGCCAUGACAACACAAUGACACCAUUGUAUUUUUUACUUGCCUUUGUAUUUCUCGGCACCAGGAGUUUUUUUCAUGAAACAAAGUUUUAAGGGUCAUAAAAACAGUCAAUAAACGUAAUAUGAACAUAAUUAGCUAAUAUCUUAAAUUAUCAAAAGUCUGGAAAUGCAUGUUGAUCUCAUAGUGGUUUGAUUCCAUUUGAAACUGUGUAUGAAAAAAGAUGGGGAUUGCUUCAGGCAAUAAUUGGCCAUUUAUUGAGAGAAAGAAGAAUUUGAUUAGUGUGCGUUGGAUUGCUUUCUUUAACAUUUUUGUAUGCAAUUUGUUCCACGCCUACAAAUUUCAUGGUAAUUUAAAAACUGCGUGAUAAAGGUUUUAAAAACUUGACAAUCCCAAGAAUAAUUAUCAUAAUAAAUUUUCAUCUUUAUAAACUACACUGCGGUAACCUUUUUCCAAUAUCUUUGUUAAUGCUGACGUAGUAAACAUUCAAAGUGUGAAAGUAUACUCCCUAAAAAUUCACUGGAGCCACCUUAAGUGCCUUAUGGCAGUUUGACUACCAUACGGUUGAUUGCUGCGUGGGACAACUAACCUUAUCAUACAUACUUUCCAAAUAUGUGUUUUAGGUAUCUUCACAGCUGCAUUUGACACCCAGAUUGAAUGGCUCAUUGUGAAAGGAAUAGCUGAUUAUGCAGAUUGUGCUCAGUUGACAUCAGAGGGUUGGGCAUCCUGUGCCAGUGUGACGGCUGCCUCUCUUGUCACCCACAUUUUGAGUGAUCCUGUUGUUUUUCGUUCAUGGCCUCAUUAUCAAGGUAGUUUUAGUCAGGAAGUUCUUUCCUUCUUAUUUUAUCAUGGCUUGUUAUCAUUUUGCUCUCUGUACCAGAAUGUUGAUUUUGUUGUGCUAAAGGAUUUCUGGUUGUUAAAUGAACGAUAGAUAAUGAUAUUGUGGGAGGUAGGGGUUGUGGCCUAGGGGUUAGAGUACUGGACUCCAGAUCAAAAGGUCCAGGUUCAAGCCCUGGCCAGGUAUUGUGUUCUUGAACAAGACACUUAAACUCUCACUGUGCCUCACUCCACCCAGGUCUAUAAAUGGGUGCCAGCAAAGUCAGGACUAUUAGGGACUAUCAUCACAUGGGGGGAGUCAAGUCAAUUUUUUUCCUUUUCAUGUUUCGUAUUGUAAUUUUAAUAGUGCGGUGGUCAUGUUACUGUUGUUAUAGUGUAGUGUAAUUAAUGUGUUGUAAAAUGUUUGUGGAGUCAUUUAUUAUAACUAAAAACAAAUUCCAUAUAAGGCAGAGAAGAAAUAUCUCUAGUUGCCUUGGAAACUGGGGUAAGCUCUGGCCUGAAGGGAUGAAGGACCAUCAAUGGCUCGUAAAGUGUAUGCAGACUUGAGAUGGAAUAAAGUAUUUAAGUUGCUCAUUUGCUGACAUGGGAAGAUUAAUUAAAUCCACUUAGCAGCAAAUAUAAGCCAAAGAGUCCUUUUAAUAUUUGCAGUAAAUUUAUGUCUGUCAGAUUGCUGGAUGCACAUUAGAGUGAUUGAGCAUUUAAUACCAUCUACCUAUCAAAUAAUUAAUACCGUUUUUGCUUGUGAUUUGUUUAGACUUGUCGGAGUUGGAUUCAGCCAGCAACUCAAAGAAACCAAGACUUUCCUCUGAAGGUGCAUAGAUCAGUACUACGCCUUUCCCAGAGUGCAGGAGUUAGGGAGUUAGGGAGUGUGACUAUUAUAACUACCGAAACAGGUAGACCGUGACUUCAGAGAUACAGUCAUAACAGUUGAUUCUGUUGCUAACGACUUAAUAAUGGUGUGAAAGGUUUGAACCCAGGAGUCAUUUCAAAUGAAUGACUUUAGAAUGAUGAUGUGAACUGUGGAAAUACAAUUAUAAAUGAAGAUAUGAUCGUCAUCAUAAGCGCUGUAGUGCUCUAACCAACUGAACUAUGUACAUGUAGACCCACAUAACGCAGAGGCCAUGGGUUUGAAUCCCGUUGAAGUCCUGAAAUUUUUUUUCAGGUUAAUGUGCAAUUGCUUGAAUUGCAAUCACCACUGUGAUGAUCAUAUCUUCAUUUAAAUUCGCUAAUGACUUUGUUUGCCAAACCAAAAUGGUAAACUCAUGUUGUCACUUUCCUGAGCAUUUGGUAGGUCAAAGAUAGGCCAAGUGGAAUAAUGGUGUUCUCUGUCAACCAAAAUAGAAACAUUUUCGUUUGCAGAAAGUCAAUCGAUAAAAGUUCUUUCGGUUGCAGUCUUCUAGCACUAUAUAUAAACUCUGACCACUCUGAUGAGCAAACAAGCCAGCAAUGAGAAAAGAGUGUGACCAACGUGAGUUCACAUUUGGUUUGACAACAAAGCCACGUGACCUUAGUCGUUAGCGUUUGGCGCCAAAAUCAACAAUUCACGGUCUACUUGUCCCGGUAGUAAAGUCAAGCUAUUUAUUUUUUGUCCUUUGUCCUUAUGUGCUGGUGAGAUAAAUUAUAUGGUUUAAUCAACUCUUAAUCGUUUGCAAUCAUUUAUGGCGAUUUGCCCCUAUUUUGUAAGACUCUGUUGAAUCUCCUAUCUGGCCAAAACCUCUUGAGAGUCACUAGCUGUGGCUUUGUCAUUUUGCAAAUUUGUUAGUACUGCAAUGACUUCUUACCUAAAGUAAGUAAAUUAUUUGCCAAUGUAGAAAUAGGUUGAACUGAAAACUUGUACUUUUUAAAGCAGAUUUCGCUGAUGCAUUUUUGAAGUGGAGUCAAAAUCAACUGUGCUCGCUUUACAAUGGCACCCUUGGUCAGGUGAUGAUUACUCCAUGGAACCCAGACAACACUAUGGACAUGGAUGAGGUGUACGUACAGCUAACACUGCUGAGAGAUGAAAGAAAACUUGAUGGGACAACUAAAACGGAGUUUGAAGAUUACAGUGAGAUAUUUUCGAGCCACGGACAUCAUCUCAUUCCUAAAAGAAUUCUAGUGUACGGAAAGCCGGGCGUAGGGAAGUCCACAUUUUCAAAGAAGCUUGCUGUGGACUGGGCAAGAGGCGAGAAAGAAAUUCUGAAGCAAUUUACAGUGUUACUUUUAAUCAAGCUACGAGAUGUUUGCAACACUCCAAGUGUCUGUGCCAUGCUCGAACAGGCAGAGCUGUUGUCUGCUGAAAACCCACUGGUUUUUAAGCAGCUCUACGAUUAUAUUCUUCAAAAUCAGGAGAAAGUGUUGCUUAUUUUGGAUGGCUUUGACGAAUACAGUGCUGAUAAAUCGUCGCCAAUUCAUCAUAUUUGGAGAGGCAGUUUGCUGAGAGAUUGCAUGACCAUUGUAACUACAAGGCCAUCAAAAGAAGACGAGCUACGAACACCAAGUCAUGUUCGGUUCGAGAUCAGUGGGUUUACUAAUGACCAAAUUAAACAGUUUGCUGAGAAGUUCUUUUCUCACAGAAAAGACAUUACAGAUGAAUUUACCAAAUUCUUAACUGAACGCAACUUGUGGGGUAUGGCAAAGAUACCGCUUCUUUUGUUGAUGCUUUGCCUUACUUGGAACGAGAGAGGUCCUAGUCAUCAAGAACAGUCACAAUCUCGCGCAGAUCUUUACGAAAGAUUUUUUCAGACUCUGCUAGAUCAUGUUGCAGCCAAAACGUCAGGUCGUAGCUUUACAAGUCUUGAUGAAUACAAAGAUGACCUCACGAAACUGGGUAAAGUUGCAUUUGAUGCACUUUUAAUAGAUUGCCUUUAUUUUGAGCUCAGCAAAGUGCCCGCAGACAUUCGUUGUCUUGUCAAGAAAUUUCUUUCUGUGGGUUUUUUCCAAGUUUCCAAGCUUUCUAGUUCAUCUCGUCCUGAUGAAAUCGUACACUUUUUGCAUAAAAGUGUACAAGAGUUUCUUUCUGCUUGGUUUGUAGUUAGAGAAGUCACAAAAACAAAGACGGCAUCUCUCACCUGUCUGUCACACGUCGAUUCGUUUGAAAAGGUCCAGAAGAUACACGAAGUACUGAAAUUUGUCUGUGAGAUUUCAUCAGAAUCUGCGGUGGCUGUUUUUCGUCAUCUACAGAUGAUAGGAGAGAAAGAAGGCCUUACGGAGUACAGCUUUUCUGACAGCCCUUUCGCUGAAGAUUUACCUCAAGUACAAAAAAGAUUUCAUGAAAUUAGCCUGGACUGCUUCCUGUCCUGUCCAGCCCCAGAAAGGCAAGCUAUCUAUCCUUCAUUUCUUAACUGCGUAAACAGAGUUGUUAUUAUAAAUUGUAUAGACCAGCUGCCAAUUGUGGUCAGAGAACAUGUCCUGAAGUUGUUUGCCUCACCCAAACCGGAUUAUGUAUUUUUAAAUUACUGGUUUUGCAUUGAAGACACGGUUAAAACUGGGUUCUCUAUUAUGUGCGAUUUGCAGCCUGUUUUGGUCACCUGUUUUGGCGACUCUAGGCUUGUGAAUACGUACGCAGAAUUGGAUUUUCAUUGUGCUUUUGUGAAGAAAGAAGGGCAGCAAAUGGUUCUGUACAUAACACGCAUAAGAAAGCGAUUUGACGAUCAGUUGCGUUUAGGUUUGCUGACAGACAUCGUAUCACCACCGCAGUCUCCUUCUCCGCAGAGUGUUGAUGAAGUGCCUCAGGAUCAAGAAACAAGUAAUUCUCCUUGUUUGACUGAAAAUCGCCUGAGCGGACUGAAAAACAUUCUCUGUCACAUCUCAGGGUUAUUGAAGUUGAUGAACCGACACCUGAAGAGUUAA